GGAUUCGUCCCCAGACCCUCUCUCUCUCUCUCUCUCUCCUUUCCAAACCCUGCAGAAGCAAGCAGAGCAGAAAACAAAAUAAAAUCACCCUUUCCUCAGAUAUUUCGUUCUGUCUAUCGCGCAACAACUUCCAAAAUCGCGAGAUCCAUCCGAAGUGGAGUUCCCGCACCACUCUCGCCCCCGACUUUAGGGUUUCUAACGGUCGAAUUUUAGGUUUUCUGCUUCGGACGACUGUCUAGGGUACGAACCCGACUUCUUGUAGAGCAGAAGGCGAUGCAAUGGAGCAGCCUCCAGAUGAUUCACUCUCAGGUCUUUCCAAGAUCUCAUCAGCAAAGAUACCUCAGAAAGUGGGAAGUGGCGCAUGGGGGAUUCCAUCUGGGUCUGAUUCACAUAAUGGAUCAAAUGAUGCUAGCCUGUUUUCUAGCUCGUUACCUGUGUUGCUACAUGAGAAAUUGAAUUUUAUGAACCCGAAAAAUAUUGUCCAAUCUAUUGAUGAUGCCACAUCUAAGUUUGGUAAACUGCAUCUUGAUGUGGAGGUUAAGGAGACCAUUGAAGACAAUGAGCCCAAUGGAAUUGGAAGCCUGCUUCCUGACGACGAGGAUGAGCUUUUAGCUGGUAUAAUGGAUGAUUUUGACCUCAGUGGGUUGCCUAGUCAAGUGGAGGAUCUCGAAGAGUAUGAUCUUUUCGGUAGUGGAGGGGGUAUGGAAUUGGAUUUUGAUCCUCAGGAGAUCGUGGGCAUUGGUAUUGCCAAAGGAAGUAUAAAUGAUGGCUAUGCUGGAAAUGGAACCAUUCAGUAUGGUCUUCCAAAUGGCGUAGGAACUGUUGCAGGGGAACAUCCAUAUGGAGAGCAUCCUUCUAGAACAUUAUUUGUGAGGAACAUCAAUAGUAAUGUUGAGGAUUCAGAACUACGAGCUCUUUUUGAGCAAUAUGGUGCCAUCCGGACUCUUUACACUGCAUGUAAACACAGGGGGUUUGUGAUGAUUUCUUACUAUGAUAUUCGUGCUGCUCGAACUGCAAUGCGUGCAUUACAGAACAAGCCUUUGCGACGAAGAAAACUUGACAUUCAUUUUUCAAUUCCGAAGGAUAACCCAUCGGACAAAGAUAUUAACCAAGGAACUCUUGUAGUUUUUAAUCUGGAUCCUUCAGUUUCGAAUGAUGAUCUCCGUCAAAUAUUUGGGGCUUAUGGUGAAGUCAAGGAGAUUAGGGAGACACCGCACAAGCGGCAUCAUAAGUUUAUUGAAUUUUAUGAUGUCAGAGCAGCUGAAGCAGCUCUUCGUUCAUUGAAUAGGAGUGACAUCGCUGGGAAGCGCAUAAAGCUUGAACCUAGCCGUCCAGGUGGAGCACGGAGAAAUACCUCUUCUGUGUCCAGCUUGAUGCAACAACUGACUCAAGAAUUGGAACAUGAUGAAACCAGAGGUUAUCGACCUCAAGUGGGUUCGCCAAUAGCCAAUUCUCCUCCAGGCAGUUGGGCAUUCAGCAGCCCAAGUGAAAAGAGCUCAGUGCAAGCUUUUAGCCAGUCUCCAAAUUUAGGAACCAGCAGUCCUAUGUCCAACUAUUUGCCUGGACUUGCUUCCAUCCUGCCUCCCCUGUUAUCAAAUUCUGCCAAGAUUGCACCUAUCGGGAAGGACCAAGGUAGGGUUAGCCACACAGACCAGGUAUUUGCCCACACCAAUUCAACAAAUGGCACUGCUUUUCAGCAUUCUCAUUCCUUUCCAGAGCAUAGCAGUGGAAUGAUGGCAAAUGUGAGCCCCAGUCCUGGAACUGUGUCUUCUUUCGGUCCCUCAACCUCAAAUCCAUCUGGUAUUGGAACAUUGACCGGGCCUCAGUUUCUCUGGGGUAGCCCCACCCCUUAUUCUGAGCACACACAUUCGUCUGCCUGGCCAACACCAUCUAUGGGACAUUCUUUCUCAUCAAAUGGGCAGGGACAGGGCUUUCUAUAUUCUAACCGUAACAGCUCUUUUGUUGGUUUAUCUCACCACCAUCACCAGCAUCAUGUUGGAUCUGCCCCGUCUGGUGUUCCUUUAGAGAGGCACUUUGGUUUUUUCCCCGAGUCACCAGAAACAUCUUUCAUGGGCCCAGUUGCUUUUGGAGGCAUGGGCCGCAACGAAGGGAAUUUCAUGAUGAAUAUGGGUUCUCGGGCUUCUCUGAACGCUGGUGUUGCUCUUUCGGGAAACAUGUCUGAAAACGGUUCCCCCAGCUUCAGAAUGUUGUCCUCACCAAGGCUGGGUCCUAUGUUCCUUGGUGGCGGGGGUCCAUUUCCUGGGCCAGUAACCCCAGGCAUUGAUGGACUGAUUGAGCGUGGACGCAGUCGGCGGGUUGAGAACAAUGGAAACCAGAUUGACAGCAAGAAGCAGUAUCAGCUUGACCUGGAUAAAAUCAUUAGUGGGGAAGAUACACGGACGACUCUAAUGAUAAAAAACAUUCCUAAUAAGUACACUUCAAAGAUGCUGCUGGCUGCCAUCGAUGAAAAUCACAGGGGCACUUACGAUUUUCUCUACUUGCCUAUUGAUUUUAAGAAUAAAUGCAAUGUGGGUUAUGCGUUUAUAAACAUGAUCUCUCCUUCACACAUCAUCCCAUUUUACGAGGCAUUCAAUGGGAAAAAGUGGGAGAAGUUCAACAGUGAGAAAGUUGCUUCAUUGGCUUAUGCCCGAAUCCAAGGCAAGGCGGCCCUUGUCACCCAUUUCCAGAAUUCAAGCUUGAUGAAUGAAGACAAGCGGUGCCGCCCUAUUCUCUUCCAUUCCGAGGGAUCUGAACUUGGUGAUCAGGAACCAUUCCCCCUGAACAGCAUAAAUGUCCGCUCCCGUCAGCAAGAUGGGACAAGCCGGGAGGAUUUGUCCGCAAGUCCACCAAAUGGUUAUUUAGAUGAGAAACUGGAGAAUAUCCGACUUGGAAGCAGCUCAGGAGAAGGAUAACAGAUUCUCGCAAGAUAAGAUUGCUGCACUGUUGCAUACGUAUAUAAAUGUAUAAAUGGUGAGAUUUUUUUUUCUUUUCUUUUUUAAAGGUAAGCAGGUGAUGUGUAUUGUAUAAGGUGUAGUUGGUGUCCACUUUUGGAGUGAUAGAUGCCCCGUUUCGUCUCAGUAGCAAACUGUGAAUGAAGCAGAGUGGGAUCGGCCCUUUUUCUAUUUUUGUCAUAGAGAGAAAUUCGGUCUCGUGGAAGAUAGGAUAGCGGGAGAAUGAUAAGGGUGGAAAUGUACAGGUGAAUGUGGUCUCUCUUCUGGUGGGUGCAUUGCUCACCGGUUUGUAAAUGGUCUUUUAUCCUUCCUUUUUUUUUGGUGGGGUUUAUAUUUGCAAAUAUGGGUGAUUAAAUGUCUAGGAAUGGGAAUAGAGAUGUCAAUGUUCUUUUCUUUUAUUUAUUUUAUUUCAAGGGGUGUUUUGUAAUGUGUAGAGGUGAACCUCGAAAAAGUGUAGAGGUGAAACAACAGAUCCUGCUUUCUUUGACUGUGUUGUAAGACUCGGGUAUAUAUAUAUGGAACUUUAAAGAGACUUGAUGUGCA